AUGCACUUCGCGGAACCCAAUCCGACCGCAAGUCUCCUGCUCUCUCAUCGACCGCCCGCUGGAAAAGUGGCAUUGGUGCUAGGUACAAGCAAGCUUGCAGCAUCGAGGUGCUUCUCCUGUCUCGAAGCUGGAAUCAAGCCCAUUGUCAUCAGCGUCGCGCAAUCCGUUGACCCAAGCGCCAGCAGCUCUUCGCAGUCCAACCAACCAUGCGCAGAGAUUCAAUAUCGCCUCGCCACUGAACAGGUAGCACAUCACUCGAUCCCAGCUGACUCUUUCUUCACAAAGCAAGCUGUCGAGUACACAUGGAACAACAUCCUCGAUACGUUCGACGGAGAUACCAACGCCAUCUUUGCCGUCUGCGUCACAGACACGCUUCACUCCGGAGAUGAAGCCCAAGACCGCGCGGCCAAAGCGGUGCCCGGAACUAUCAACAGCAUUGACGCCGAUGACUCGGUUGCUGUCGAGGCGACUCUCACAUCGUACGCUAGAGCAGAGAUCAUCAGUCGGCUCUGCAGAAAGCGUCGCAUCCCUGUCAACGUAGCCGACAAGCCCAACCUAUGCGACUUUUCCUUCCCCGCCAACUAUCGUUUCCCCUGCACCAGUGCCGUUCCAAGACUUUCAUCGAAGCAAGCCAAUGGAAAAGACUCUAUGGGUUCUUCUUCAGCAGUAUCUUCCUCUCUGCAAAUCGCUGUCACCACCAAUGGCCGCGGCUGCCGUCUCGCAGGGCGCAUCCGCAGAGAGAUCGUCUCGGCUCUUCCUCACAAUGUUGGAGAUGCCGUCGAAAAAGUCGGGCUGAUGCGUGAUCUCGCCAAAAGGCAAUCGGAAACUUCUCUCGAGGCUUCGGGGACAACUGCAUCGGCUCUCAAGCGUAUCAAGCGCGGCGGAACACGAAAGGACAAGGACGGAACUGCCGAAGUGGAAGAAGAAGAUCUUUCUUUCGAUACGACACCGCUCAACAGCCCGGUACCGCAGCUUGCAUCCUCGAGCCCGUUCGAGAGUGCCGGUGCCAGUGCUCGUCUGGUGCAGCUUCAGGCUGAAGUGCAGGCCAAGCACGAGCAGGAGCAGCAACAGGCAGAGGAGCGCACAAAGCGUCGUAUGCGCUGGGUUGCCCAGAUCAGCGAGUAUUGGCCAAUCGAGUAUCUCGGCAAUCUGGGCGAGCAGCAGAUGAACGAGGCGUUGCGCGCACAUGGUGAAGAGCAGGCCCACUCCAGUACAGCUUCGACUAAUGCUACAACUUCGACUACAGUUGAAACUGGUGACCGGGAUGCAUCCAGGGGACGUUCCACUGUCACGCGGGCUACCGAAGGCGCUUCGGGUCCGGCGGAGGACAUGCCAGCAAGAACGUCGGGAGCUCAUCGGGCUCGAUCUCAGCAUUCGCUCGACAUCCGUCCUCCGCCCUCCACCUCAACCGGACGAGGACACAUCUACCUGCUCGGCUCAGGACCUGGUCACCCUGGCCUCCUCACCACUUUGGCCUACAAGCUGCUCACCUCUCCCACCACCGACCUCAUCCUCUCGGACAAACUCGUGCCCGCAUCGAUCCUCAAGCUGAUUCCCUCGAGCACUCCGCUCGAGAUUGCCAAGAAGUUUCCCGGCAACGCCGAGGGCGCCCAGUCCGAGCUCAUCGCCAAAGCGCUGCGUGCCGCGCUGGAAGAGGGAAAGACGGUGGUUAGGCUUAAGCAGGGUGAUCCGUUUGUGUAUGGACGUGGAGGCGAGGAGGUGCUAGCGUUCCGCAACGCCGGAAUUGAGUGUACGGUUGUGCCGGGCAUUAGUAGUAGCAUUGCGGCGCCGGCAAUGUUGGGUAUCCCCGUAACGCAGAGAGGUGCGGCUGACUCGCUGGUGCUUUGCACGGGUGUGGGCAAGGGCGGGAAGAAGGUCAAGUUGCCAGGCUACGAUCGGGGGCGCACGUUGAUUGUUCUGAUGGGUGUCGCAAGGCUGCGUGCUGUCGUGGCCACACUCACUGCUGGUGCACCUCAGUCUGCGCCGACGAGUGCUGUCGCGGACGCAGAGAGCAUCGGCGAUCGAGACGGCGCGGUGUUCCCACCCCACACUCCGAUCGCCAUCAUCGAACGCGCAAGUUCCUCGGACCAGCGCAUGGUGGCCAGCACGCUCGAGGGGAUUGUCGAAGCGCUCGAAAACAGCGGCGAGCAACGUCCGCCGGGGAUGAUGGUGAUUGGCUGGUCGGUGCUUUCGCUCGAAGGGAGGGGGGACGUCUCGAUUCAGGACGAUGCGCUUUCUAUUCAGGAUACUGCUGAGCUCGAGAAGAGGGACAAAGAGCGGGUCCAGAACUGGCUCAAGGGUCGACGUUGGAUUGUAAGGGAAGGGUUGGACCAGUCAUACAGGUCGGCUUUGCAGGCUUUCCACUCGACGCCCUUGCACUUUCCCGAUGCCGCUUCGUCAGCGGUGCCGCUCUUGCACCAUUCGGACGGUCAGGUGAAGGAUGGGAAGGCAGAGAAAGAAGGUGAAGAGGAGAGGUUCAGCAACCGCGGUGACACCGGCUGGGCACCUCCGCGCUACACCACCGGGCAACCCGAAGGAGGAUGGAUGAGCGGUGAAGCACCAAACCGCCCAGCGACUGAUCAGCUCGCUUACGAGCAGAAUAAGACGUAUGCCGAGAUUCAGGCUCGCCUUCAGACAUGA